ACCCCCUCCCCCGCCCCAGUCUUCGGGAGCCUAUCUUUGCGGACUGAAGAGGAGGAAAGUUAGAGGGAGCCAUAUUCAGACUCCAGGGCUCAGGUUACAUUCGCAAGCGGAGCAGAGCGCGGGAGACCGGACCGAGGGGAGAGCCGCUGGUUCUGCUCGGGUCGGCGGGCGCCCCGCAGCCCCGGAGCCGCCACCCAGCAGCAUCACACAGACCCCACCCCCGCCAGCGCCAGGCUCCACCCCAGCCCAGGACCCUCAUCACUAGCAUGGACUGCUGCACUGAAAGCGCCUGCUCCAAGCCGGAAGACGACAUUCUAGACAUCCCGCUGGACGAUCCUGGUGCCAAUGCGGCCGCUGCCAAAAUCCAGGCGAGUUUCCGGGGCCACAUGGCGCGGAAGAAGAUAAAGAGUGGAGAGCGCAGCCGGAAGGGCCCGGGCCUCGGGGGACCAGGCGGAGCUGGGGGCGCCCGGGUUGGCGCGGGCGGCGGCCCCAGCGGUGACUAGGCCAGACCCGAACAUUUUCGAAGUUCCCGAGGAGAGAUGGAUGCCGCGUCCCCUUCGCAGUGACGAGACUUUCCUACAGUGUUGUGACCCCCUCUUUGCCAUCAACCUGCCAGCUUCAGGAGCCCCCUGCUUCCCAGAGACUUCCUCUGCUCAGGCAGGCUUCGUCGCGGAGUUGCCAAGUCCGUGCCCUUUUAGUUAGAGCUCCAGUCUAACGUGGUCCCCCUUCGCACUCCCUCCCCACCCUACCCCCCAACCCCGCGCUCCCAAAUUUCCCUUUCGCUUCUCUCCCACCUCUCCCUGCACCCAGCAUGCAGCUCUGCCUCCGCAGCCUCGGUGCACUUCCCUGCGCCCACUGCGGAGGGCGCCCUGAGUGUCGCCCGAGUUCACUCACUUGAAAAGGAAAAAAAAAAAGUCCUUUUGUUCUGCGCGCAGCGAAAGGGGACGCCCUGCGUCUCUGUGUGGUUCCCGACCUAGGCUGGCCCCAGAACUUUAGAUCUGGAGCAAACAAAGAGGAUUUUCAUGCUGUCGGACGCCCUGUGCUCUGAUCAUCGGAAGGGAAGUCCCUAUCCUGCACCUGCCUGUUGUCUCCCCGUCCUGACCCUCGGCGCACCCCAAGGGCAGCCUCUCCAGCUCUCCAGUUGUUUAUGGAAACUCCGAGCGCCUGGAGGCUCGAUAGGGGGAGCCUUCCACGGGCCCGUCCCUGCCCCUCGUCCCCGCCGGCCCUGCCCCGCGGGGCUCCUGGGGCUGUGGCCGGAAGGUUUUUAAACUCCGUGUGUGCAUGUGACUGUGCUGGGUUGGAAUGUGAACAAUAAAGAGGAAUGUCCAAGUGU